AAAAUGGGAAGAUGCUCUCAAUGAUGCCGAGAGACGACACAUUCAUGCUGUUGAAGAGGCAGAGAAAAGCCAUGAAAGAGCAAAUAAAUACUUGAGCAAGACAUUGGCCAAGUUAAAGAAACGCCAGCAAGAAGAACAGGACCGGUACAACUCUGAAAUGAUCAGAAAGAUGGACAUGCUGUUGAAACUGAAGAAGGAUAUUGCUAACAACAGGGAGAACCUUCGAGUCAUCAGAGCGAGGAAUGUUAGCAUCGAAAGAAGUAAGAUUCUCAAGGAGCAGGAGGAAAUGAAUAAAAUUCUAGCUGAAGGAGGCAAUCCAGAGGAGAUGAUGCUAAUCAAGAAAAGGAAAAACGAGAUGGAGAAGAAGAAACAGCAGUUUGAAGCUGAGCAGAAGUUGAAGAAGGCCAUGGUUUUGGAGAAGAUUCUCAGGGAAGAAGAGAACAUAAAGAGAAAAAUACAGCAGCAGCCAUAUUUGUUUGAUGAUCCUGAAAGGGAGAAGACUCUGCGAGUUGGUCCUGCAAAGAAGAAACUACCAAUGGCACUGCUGGAAUGCCUUGCAAUUGAUGUCUGUGAACCAGCAGACGUGGACAAAAUUGAUGAUGAAAAACGCAAGGAGAUUCAGACUGCCACAGAAGAGUUUCAAGAGGAAGAAACCGAGGAGGAGGAAGACACUGCUUAUCUUCAGACAGCCAAGUUUUCUUUUUCAAGAGGAGAGAAUAAAGAAGACUUUUUAGAAGCUGAAGAAGAUGAAGACACACAGAUGGAUCUUGCCAAGCCUGAGUUUGAGGGAUUGUGGGACAAGCAGACAAAAGCAUACAAAUCAGCUAAACUUGCUGAUGACCUUUCAGCAAAACCUGUAAAUGGGAGCAAGAUGGAAAAGGAGAUUCUGAAAAAAACUCUGGAGAAGACAAGGGAGGCAAUUGUGAAACCUCAAAUAGCAGCCGGGAAGGAAUUCUCUGGGCGGCCAUUUUACAGCAAACCUAAUGUCAUUCACUUCAAGGAUUUUGUUGUCGGCAAGUUUUACAAGAAGAAAGCCAUACUGACAAAUGUCUCAUACAGUGUCAACUACAUCCGGUUUCUAGAAGUCUCUGACAGUCUCAAGGAUUUCAUCAAAAUUAGUUUUGAACCGCCUGGGCAAAUGUCAGCUGGCAUGUCAUGUGAAAUAACAGUAAACUUCAAGCCAUUGCUAAACGUGGAUCUGAAGGGUGAGGUUCAUUUCCUGACUCAAACUGGUCCCUUCCAAGUUCCGUUGUUGUGCAGCACCAGGAAGUGUGAUCUGUCCGUAGACACCAAGGUUGUUCACUUUGGCACCUCAGUAAUAGGAGAGACCUUGAAGCGGUCAUUUGUGCUGACAAACCAUGGGUCACUAGGAACCCAGUUUCAGUUCUUCAAGGGAACAGAAAUCAAGCCUGAUAAAACUGUUGCCGAAGCCGACCAGGACCAAAUG